GAUGAGAGAGAGAGGAAAAAGGGACCAAAUAAGAAAGAGAUAGGAAGAAAAAGUGAUUGAUGAGAGAGAUAGGAAGGAGGGAGGACUCAAGUUUUUUAUUUUUGGAUCAUUUAUUUAUUUUUAGUAAGAAUUACUGUUCCUUUGGGCUUAAAAUGGAUGUCCUGGUUAAAUGGCUACUUAUUAGGAGUUCCAUUUACUUUUUCUUCCGGAUGGCUGCAGGAACCAAGUGUCCUAUCCAAGCUCCAGAAUGAGGUUGAUUCUGUUCUAGGGGAUCGAUUUCCAACAAUAGAAGACAUGAAGAAACUCAAAUAUACAACUCGAGUAAUCAAUGAAUCCUUGAGGCUCUACCCCCAGCCACCGGUAUUAAUUCGGCGUUCUCUUGAGAAAGAUGUGCUUGGAAAAUACCCUAUAAAAAGGGGUGAAGAUAUUUUUAUCUCUGUGUGGAAUCUCCAUCGCAGUCCACACCUCUGGGAUGGUCCUGAAAAGUUCAAUCCUGAAAGAUGGCCACUAGAUGGACCCAAUCCAAAUGAGACAAACCAAAAUUUCUGUUACUUGCCUUUUGGUGGGGGACCUAGGAAAUGUGUUGGAGACAUGUUUGCUUCAUUUGAGAUUGUAGUAGCAACCGCAAUGCUAGUUAGGCGGUUUAAUUUUCAAAUACCACUUGGAGCACCUCCGGUUGGGAUGACCACUGGAGCAACAAUCCACACAACAGAGGGUUUGCAGAUGACAGUUACAAGAAGAAUAAAACCUCCCAUUAUGCUCAAUUUAGAUAUGUCUGGAGUGGUGGAUACAUCUGCCACUUCUUGUGGAGACAUCCAACUAGGUAAGAACAGUGAGGUUUCUGCACAUUCUGGAAUACAGUACCCUUAAUUUAUUUGAGCUCCCAGGCGUGGAGAAAUUAUUGGAAAAGACAAAAACAUUCAGAGUUCAAUAGAUUAUGUCUUAUAACAUUAAUUGUAAUGUAAUGCAAGGAAGCAGCAAUCCUUACGUUGUAUAUAUAUUCAUUUUAGAUUAUUAUGUUGUCUUGAUUAUUGGAGGGUUUCUACCAAAAUCAGUAAGUUUUAUUCUACACUAAAUUUGCAAUUCAAGU